AUGCCGGCAUUCUUGUACACGGAGGCCGAGGCAUCCGAAACCGAAGCCAAACAUUUACUAUUGCGUCAGGUUGCCAAGGAUGUCACAGUGCGUCUUUCAGAGCCGCUCAAGGUCGCAGAGAGCAGACUGCAUACCAAUUUGCUGUCCAUAUCUAAUGCUACUGGUCUCGCUUUUGCUGCCACCAACUCAGGCUUCUCUGUGCUUCGACUCACCGACCUCAGAUCCUUCUUUACCUCGGCAGCACGCAACUCUACGCCAACGUUGGAUCAACCCUUGCGCUCAAUAGAGACCGCCGAGGCAAUCUCCAUUGCAUCGCUGCCUACUUUCAUCACUUCCGCCAACAAUCACUCUGCCGUGCUCGUUGGAUUCCAAAACGGUGUCAUCGCAGCAUGGUCCACCUCUGGCCUUGCUGAUGGAACUAAGCUCGAUCCGCUCUUUGUUCUUCAGCCUCCUUCUCCUGGCCUCCCUCUCAUUGAUCUGGCUCCCAACCCCUCUGAUCGCCCCGAACUUGCCGUCGCACUCUACCGUCACGCUGGCACGCCAGGUAUUGACUCAGGUACACCCAUCAUGCUGAACCUCAACACGGGCUCUUUUGGUGCUCAGCUCGACGCCACAGGUUCUCGUGCUACCGCUAUAUGCUGGUCUGUCAAAGGAAAGCAGGUGGCUGUGGGACUCGAAUCAGGUGAAAUCGUUCAAGUCACCCCAGAAGGUGAACCAAAGGAUCGCAUAGCCAAGCCAGAAUCUCUCCAAGCAUCCUAUUAUGUUACCGACCUCCGCUGGCUCGAAAAUCACGUCUUUAUCGCAACCUACAACCUUCCCUCCUCGGGUUCAACCGACGAUGACCCUGAGCAUUCCUACGAAGUUUAUACCAUCCUCCGAGAUGCUAAAGCUGCGCAGAUCACACUGGCCAAGAUGCCCAUCGAUCCCGCUCCGCCCUAUGGUGACACCUCUCGACCCGGCACCCGCUUUGCUGCUUGGCUGAGGAACUGGGACCCCUCCAAGCAUUUGGUGUUUGUUGCCAGUGGACCAAGUACAGACGUCGGUCUCAUCUCUUGCUCUUCCAGCGAUACAGGCGCUGCUGCUUGGUCCACUAUCGAGCUCGAAGAGACCUCCAAACCCAUCCUCCCCUUCUCUUCGGUCGACGAAACCUCCGACACUGCCCCUGUCGCUAUCGAUUUUGACCUCACGUCAACAGACGAGGUCGAUGAUCCGAAUGCCGUGGCUCGGGGUGAUGGCAAAACAAAGAUGUCUGCCGUUCCCAUUCUCUAUGUCUACACCUCGGACGGUGUUUUGCUCGCCUACAAUGUCAUCAACACACAACAACCAUUUCCAGGUAUGGUGACGCCAUCCACUACACCAGCACCCUCGGCAGUGGCAUCCGCUUCUAGCACAGCUGCAGCCUCAAUACAAGCACCCGCGCAAGCAUCAUCAACACCAGCUCAGUCAUCACCUGCUUCAUCGCCAUUCGGCUCGGCCUCCGCCUUUGGUCAGCCUUCUGUGUUCGGUCAAUCGUCCGCCUUCGGUUCCAAGUCUGCCUUUGCAUCUUCGGCGACGCCGGCUUUUGGUCAGUCUUCAGCAUUCGGAUCCACUUCAGCCACCACUUCUCCGUCGCCGGCCUUUGGUGGCGCUGCUUCCAAGCCUUCGAGUGGCUUUGGCUUUGGCGCAUUCAGCAGCGCGGCCAACAAUGGUAAGCCCACAUCCGCCUUUGGUUCGACUGGCUUUGGCUUCGUAUCUGCUCCCACUGCCAAUAAGGACGGCGCCAAGUCGAACACCACUUCCGUUGAUGCGCCGAAGAAUGACACGUCCGCCACGACUGCCAAAGCCCCAGCGUCUGCAUUUGGUGCCAGCGCCUUUGGUGCAAAGCCGGCUGGCUCUGCGAUUGGCUCCUCAUCCCCCGCUCCCGUCUCAACCAGUACUGCCGCACCUUCCGCGUUUGGUUCUCCUGCGUUCGGACAAGCAGCGACAGGACCCGCUUUCGGCCAGUCUUCAGCAUUCGGACAGACUUCAGCACCUGCUUUCGGUUCGUCGUCCGGCUUUGGCUCCACCUCUGCUUUUGGCUCUACCUCUGCCUUUGGUGCCAAAUCCGCAUUUGGCUCUGCACCGGUAUCAUUUUCAUCGUUCGACUCAAAGACAGACGCUUCCUCUUCGACGAACUCUGGCUCCGCCUUCGGAGGCUUUGCCACCAAAUCCGGCAACGGGUUUGAAUCCUCUGCGAGCCCGUCUUCCACAUCUGUCUUUGGAAAUGGUGGCAAACUGGAAACCAAAAGCACCGAUCCGCCAGCUGGUCUCUUUGGCUCAAAUGCCCAGAAGUCUGCCCCCUCCCCUGCAUCCGCCUUCGGCUCUUCAGCUUCGACAUUCGGUCAAGGGUCCUUUUCUGCUUUUGCUGCCAACAAAGCUGCAGAAGACAAGGACAAAGGCGCCAAAAACAGCGAACAAGUGUCAAUUGCAAACGGCAAAGCUGGUACCAACAGCUUCUCGUUUGGAGGCCUCGGUGGCAUGCUUGAUAGCAGCAACGACUCAGCCGUGCUGUCGCGACCACCGUCGAAACCAGGUGCAGAGUCGGAUCAGGAGGUUUACGGACCCGCGAGCACGGAUUCUAGCCUCAAGCCAGCUGUCCAGACGCCAAAGAGCGAUGCUGGCUCGACUUUGUUUUCAUUCGAUCCUUCUGCCACCGUCAAGGUUGUGGAUGAUGUUAAAGCAACGUCGACAAAUGCUUCCACAUCGCCAUUCAGCUCUUUCAAGCCCGGUCUCAACGCAGGAGCGUCUUUUGGCAGCCAGCCGUUCUCCUUUGGCAACGCCAAGCCGAACCCGCCUGCGCUAACACCAAGCUCGUCCUCUACUUCGAACACCUCUACAGCUAGCAAAACUGACGCUGCGUCAAAGCCAGAAAGCGACGGGAAAAAGCCGUCUGCAUCAAUCGAGCCUGUCGGUGCAGAACGUGUGCCGGUCGAGCCCGCGAAUGCUACGACAAAGCCUGCUUCCUCGCCCUUGCAAACCCAAUCCGGCUCGGGCAACAACCAGGUAACGCCUCCAGCCAAAGAGACCGAAGCAAAGUCGGCAUCUCCUACUCCCUUCUCCUUUGCAUCUGGCGUCAACACCUCAAGCAGCGCUUCGCCAUCAUCGCCUUCCAACUUCGGUGCAACUAUGCAGACCAAAAGCAGUGCUGAGGAAGGAAAGGCAACUCAAAAGGCUGAAACAAAUCCGAGCUCGUCAUACUCAUUUGGCAACAAUGCUACCACGGCUACCGCAUCAUUGACGGAGAAACCCUCCAAGUUCGGUGACUUUGGCAGCUUUAGCUCUGCUCCAGCCAUAAGUGCACCCCACAGCAAAGACGCCCUUUCUUUCUCUUUUUCACCCUCAAAUAAGUCUCUGCCACCUGCUAGCUCCGCAGCUCGGUCGACAGCAUCACCCAAUGCUCUUAGCACUACUGCAUCUGCGAGCUCCUCUCCUGCUGCUACGUCUGAUAAGACCACGCCGGCAAUCCUCUUUCCGAGCAGUGGGUCUUUCCUCGGUUUCAGCUCAAGUACGCCUCGAAGUAGCUCGCCUCUCGCCGCCGCACCUUUCAACAACACCGAUGAGGCAUCCGAGAGCUCUUCUCAACAUAAGCCUGCACCUGCUGCCAGCGCCAGCAACUUGCUCUCGUUUCAACGGGAUUCGAACAAGCCUUCUUUCGGCACAUCAACAUUUGGUGCCAAACCGCCCUUGGUCUUCCCUGGAUUGUCGUCACAGAAUCAGCCCACUAAGUCAUCGGACUCAGCCAAGGCGACGCCUGCCACAGCUUCGACCCCGUCACUUGGGGGUUUCGGAUCCUCGCCUGCAAAGACAGCGCCGCUACCCACAACCACACCUGCCCCCGCCCCUGCCCGCAAAAGUGUUCAAGAGCGCUUGGAAAGCCCCCUGGUCGCUGGACGAACGCCUCAGUUGUCUUCAUCCAACAAUGAAGGUCCUGCCAAAGUCAGCGAGAGCGGAAUUCAAGGAGAAUUCUUGAAGUCCUACCUCGUUCUCACACAGGAACUCGACGUUCUCCGCUCCAACGUCGACCAAUGCGCCAGCUUCCUCGCCGAUCUUCGAGAAGCUACUGCUCGUCCUCAGUUUGUCGAUGACUUCGCCGAUCCUUCCAAGUGGUCUUUUGGCGACCUACCAAAGAUGCUGUCGCUUGCAAGGUCGCUCCGACCCUUGACUCAGCAGAUCGAAAAUGACGCCGCUUCGCACAAGCGCAAAGUUGCCGAGCUGCAAAGUCUUCAGCUCAAGACAGAGGCCAAGAGAGAAGAGGUCACGCGUUUCAUCCGCGCUCGCAGUGAUCCCGAAUUUGCCAAAAUUAUCCGCAUCAGACAACUGGGUCCGGAGCACGUGGAGAACCAGAACAAGCUGCGCAAAGCGAGCCAAGUCGUUCGCGACCGCAUAGUCGAGCUCGACGAAUACCUGACAGCGCUCAAGGACAAACUUCAGCAUGCAAAAGCAGGCCAUACAGCGCUCAAGGCACCUACUCUUGACUCGGUCGCGAGAGCCUGCCGCAACAUUACCGCUCGUACUACGGCGGUAACAUUGGACCUCGACAACCUCGCACUUGAAAUGGACCUCAUGCGGCCGGCUCAGGAUCACACGUCUCGCGAAGCCGAACUCGCUUUUUCGCGUUCCGCGUCGGUUAUGAGCGGCAUCGAUGAUGGUGAACCUCUGAACAAUGUGGGCAAUCUGAUGCACGCGUUGCCUGCCGCCGCCACGCUCAGAUCCGCCGACGAAAUCACACGCGCUGAGCGUGUCAAGAGCGAAAGCGUCGCUGUCUUCGUCAAUGCACGCGAGAAGCCGAUCCUCAACACGAGAGCCGUGCCUGGUUCUCAACAAGCGAAUAAGAAGAUGGCCAAGCCAAUGCAGCACUCAGAUCUUCAGAUCGCAUUUGCGAAGGGACCGGUGCAUCUUGGCAAGCGUGCUCCUCCUGCAGUUCGCAGCGCCUCUGUCAUAACAGCUUCGCCAGUGCCUGAUGGCGCAGCGAACGGUGCCACCAAAGCGGUGGAAACGGACCAAAUUGCUUCCGUUACCAAGAGCGUCCCUGUGCCAAAGCUGUCUGAACCUCCUCGUACAGCGUCGUCAACUUCUCCUGUUUCCGCGGCAGCUUGUGUUGAAUCAAAAGCCGACCCGUCCAUGUUUGGAUCCCGCAGUGCUCCGGACCCUUCGUCAUCUGCAAGUGCUACUGUUCCUCCUCAAAAGCAAAGCGAACCAAUGACGCCGCUCAUGUUCGGCGGAUUCGACUCACCCGCCGCGGCCCAUGCAAAGGCUCCGGCCAAAGCUUUUGCAGGGUUCGGGUCAUCGCCCGUAGCUCCUCCUGCCACCACAGCAGCUGCUGCACCUUCGAUUUCAGCUCCAAAGGCUGCCCCUCCUUCUCAGCCAUUGAGCUUUGGAGGAUUCAGUCAGCCUUCUGUCUCCGCACCCAAGCCUGCUACAGCAACCUUCGGUGGCUUUGGCAAGCCGUUGGCGCAGAAAAUGGAUUCGCCUACGGCGGCAGUCCCAGCAGCUUCAAGUCAAAAGAUCGUUGCAUCCUCGAGCUUCAGUGGCUUCAGCUCGCCUGCUCCAGCCUCAUCCAAGUCCACCUCCACUCCGUUUGCUGGCUUCGGAUCCACAGCCACCCCCCCAGCGUCUGCCGCUCCACCGGCCAAGUCUCCGUCCACAUCCACACGAGGCGCCGCUGCCAGCACUUCAGCUUUCGGCAAAGCGACACUGCCCACGCUCAACUUUGGCAAGCUCAGCUCUGUACCCGCGGGCAUGUUUGAUCUACCCGCGAAAGACAAUACGCCGUUCCAGCCGGGAGCGCGUGCGACUAGUUCAAGCACGAGCAGCAUUCGCAGCUCUCACACGAGCAAGUCAAAGUUCAGGGGUACAGCCGUGCAGCUUCCACCUUCUUCGAGUGGAGGAGAGCGAUCGGAUGCGGGCGCGGGGGCUUCGGUCAAGGCUACCUCGGAUUUCUUUGCUUUGCCUCCACCACCGAAAGCUAAGGAUGGCUCGACAGCGGAUGCUCCCUCCUUCAAGGGCUUCAGCGGAUUCGGUGUGGGUGCCGACAAGGCUGCGCCCAAGGCCGGUGCUCCUCUUACGGCUGCAGGCGGCAUUUCUACCUUCAACUUUGGCGAUCUCGGAAAGAAAAUCGGAACGGCCGCUGGUUCCUCUUCAGCGAGCGAAAACUCGACGUUCAAGAUUGCUGAUCUGGAAAAGAAGCACGAAUCACCUGCAGCAGCCGGAGACUCGAACAAGACGGUCGCUGCUCCGCCUUCUUCAGCCACUCCAUCUUGGCAGCCUGCCGCGAGUGGGUUCAGUCUUGGCGAUCUCGGCAAGAAGAACGCUGAAUGCGCCGCCGUUCCGCCCUCGUCAGGUCAGCCGAAGCAAACCUCAUUUGCCCACUUCAGCUUUAGUGACGCGGGCAAGAAGUCCGAGCCUGCAAAGCCGGCCGCUGGUGGGUUCAGCUUUGGAGAUUGGAGUAAAAGGGCGGACGAGACAGAAGGAGGCGCGUCAGCUCAAGCUUCUGAGAAACAUGUUGGCUUUAGCUUCGCUCCUGCUGUGUCAGAUAAGCCGGCAGCAGAAGAGAAGGCGGUGGAAGACGAAGGCAAAGAUGAGAAGGGGGGUAACAGUGCUAAGGCAGACACCGCAGAGAAGUCAGAGAAGCCAACAAAAGACAAGAAUGAGGAAGAGGAAGAGGAAGAGGAAGCAGAAUCUGAGAAGACAGACGCCAAAUACACCAAAGAUGAAACGCUGCCCGACCCUUCCACAUUCAGUUUCUGCAAGCCGUCCGAGCCACGAAACAAGGAGCCCUUGGUGGAAUCGGUAUCCGAGUCGCACACAGCCGCGUCCACGCCUGCUGCUAGGCCUGUAACCACCUUCAGCUUCGGCGCAGCUUCUGAUGGCGCGGAGGAAAACCAGAAAGACGGACAAGCAGUGAACGACAAGAAGGAUGAUGCAAAGUCUGCAACGUUUUCGGCUUCAAAUGGUGCUGCAGCGCCACCAAUGGAUGCUGAUGUUAGCUACCCGCCCAAGGCUAAGUCUUGCACUGCAGCCGUUGACGACAAGUCCACGGCGGACAGCACAAGUGCGACCUCGACUACGACCACAACGUCAGCAUUCAAGUUCGCACCCAGCAAACUGAAUCCGUCUGCAUCAGCGGCUUCGGCAUUCAGCGCAUUCAAGUCGAGUCCUGCGUUUGGCUUUGGUGCCUUGUCAUCGCCCAAAUCCACAGACAGCUCUAGCAAUACGGUCAAUGCGUUCAGCUUUGCACCGCAGACCGCCACGCCAUCCGCUAAGCCUGCAUUUGGCAGCACAUCCGCCUUCGGCACAACCUCGAGUUUCGGCAUGACAUCCUCGCCCUCUGCCGCAUCCAUUUUUGGUAGUCCAUCAGCCUUUGGCACCACUUCCAGCUUUGGCGCAUCACCAUCUACAAACAGCACGAACGACAAGGUCAAAUCAGCCUUUGGAGCCGGAGCAGGUUUUGGCGCUUUUGCAUCGAGCAACAAGACGAGUCCUUUUGCAAGCGCAGCAAGGUCGAACGGUGAAGAUGGAGACAAGAGCGGUGGUUCAUUGUUGUCGAGGUUGAGUGGGAAGCCGGAGCAGGUUGCGUCUGAUGAUGAUGGAGGAGAGGAGGAGGAGGAGGAAGUUGAAGAAGAAGAAGAUGAUGAUGAUGAUGCAGACGACGAUGGGGAGGAAGAAGACGAGGAUGAAGACUACGAAGAUGAAGACGAUUACACGGACGAAGAAGACUACGAAGAUGAAGAAGUCGGGGUUGACGUUGAUGAUGACGACGUCGAUAGUGGUGUUGGGCACGACGAGGAGGCUGGUGGUGACUCGCUCGAGGAGUCGGCCGUUCACGUCGACAAGGCUGAUGCGCAGGACGCAGAGCAUCAUGAUGUUGCCACCAGAGAGGCAGAGGACGGAGCAAGAGAUGAGGCAGAUGAAAGCUUUGAGCCCGACGAGGACGAAGAGGAAGGACUCUCAGCAGUCGAAGAAGAGCCUGAAGAGGAGGAGGAUCCAGUUGCAAGGAACGUGGACAAAUCGGACUGA